CACACACCAAUACACCUUCAAAAACACGCACUACAGAGCACUCUGCGCAUCUUUCUCUGUCUCCUCCUCCAACUCUGAUUCCCAGCAUUCGUUCCCAUUAAUUACAUAGUAAUUAAUUUAACAAUUGUUCCAACUUUUAAGCUUUUUCCGGUGCUCCUCAUUCUGUCGGCGUCAAUACAUCCUCAAAGCCGUUGGAUUCAAAUUCCGGCUGUGUAUUUCCGUUCUACGUCAUGGCCGCAGCCGAGAGCCUGGCUAAGCUUUCCAUCGAUGGCGAUGGUUUUCCACAAAAUCUCCGGGAGAAUCUGUCUGUUCUCUCUCCUCAACAGGUUGAGCUGGCGAAGAUGUUGAUAGAGAUGGAGCAGAGUCAUUUGUUCGAGCAGUGGCCCGAGCCAGGGGUCGAGGAUGAUGAGAAACGUGCUUUUUUCGACCAGAUUGAGCGACUCAAUUCAAGUUAUCCUGGGGGCUUGGCAUCCUACAUCAGAACUGCUAGAGAACUUCUAGCUGAUUCAAAGGCUGGAAAGAAUCCAUUUGAUGGAUUUACACCUUCUGUUCCAUCUGGAGAAGUUCUGACUUUUGGUGAUGACAACUUUGUUCAAUAUGAGGAAGCUGGUGUUAGGGAAGCUCGAAAGGCUGCAUUUGUCCUAGUUGCUGGGGGCCUUGGAGAACGUCUAGGAUACAAUGGUAUAAAGGUAGCUCUUCCUUCAGAGUCUGUUGCCGGAACAUGUUUCUUGCAGCACUAUAUUGAAUCAAUUUUAGCUCUACAAGAUGCUAGCUGUAGGCUAGUUCAAGGUAACUGCCCUGCUGAGAUUCCUCUAGUUAUAAUGACAUCUGAUGACACACAUUCAAGGACAGUAGAUCUCUUGGAAUCUAAUGCUUAUUUUGGGAUGAAACCAACUCAGGUGAAGCUACUGAAGCAGGAAAAAGUUGCUUGUUUGAUUGACAAUGAUGCCCACCUUGCAUUGGAGCCAAACAAUAAAUACAGAAUACAGACAAAACCUCAUGGUCAUGGUGAUGUUCACUCACUUCUUUAUUCAAGUGGCCUUCUGAAUAAAUGGCAUGAUGCUGGUUUAAGGUGGGUUUUAUUUUUCCAAGAUACUAAUGGUCUCCUGUUCAAGGGUAUUCCAGCUUCAUUGGGUGUUAGUGCCACUAAAGGGUACCAUGUUAAUUCUCUUGCUGUUCCUCGCAAAGCAAAAGAAGCUAUUGGAGGCAUUACUAGACUUACUCACAAAGAUGGGAGGACAAUGGUGAUUAAUGUGGAAUACAACCAGCUGGAUCCUUUGCUUAGAGCAACGGGACAUCCUGAUGGUGAUGUCAACUCUGAAACAGGCUAUUCUCCGUUUCCUGGAAAUAUAAACCAAUUGAUUUUGGAACUUGGCCCAUACAUGGAGGAGCUUACCAGAACAAAAGGUUCCAUAAAGGAGUUUGUCAACCCCAAAUAUAAAGAUUCUUCCAAGACUGCAUUUAAGUCAUCUACUCGGCUUGAAUGUAUGAUGCAAGAUUAUCCAAAGACAUUACCUCCUUCAGCAAGGGUUGGCUUUACAGCGAUGGAUGCAUGGCUUGCUUAUGCCCCUGUAAAGAACAAUCCCGAGGAUGCCGCUAAGGUCCCCAAAGGAAAUCCAUACCAUAGUGCUACUUCAGGAGAGAUGGCCAUAUAUCGGGCAAAUAGCCUCAUCCUAAGAAAGGCUGGUGUUAAAGUAGGUGACCCAGUUUUGGACACAUUCAACGAACAAGAGGUGGAAGUUUGGCCUCGUAUCGUAUGGAAGCCACGGUGGGCAAUCACAUUUGCAGAAGUUAAAAGUAAAGUGAGCGGAAACAAUACUGUUACAGAUAGGUCUACGAUAGCUAUCAAGGGGCGUGAUAUUUUCCUUGAGGAUCUCUCCUUGGAUGGAGCUCUUCUUGUUGAUGCUGUCGAUGGAGCAGAGGUUAAAGUCAGUGGUUCUGUCCGAAACAAGGGUUGGAUCAUUGAGAAAGUGAAUCAUAAAGAUACUUCUGUGCCUGAAGAAGUAAGGAUAAGGGGUUUUAAAUUCAACAAAAUUGAGCAGUUGGAGAAAUCAUUUGGAGAACCCGGAAAGUUUGAAUUGAAGCCUUAACUCCAAUUUUCUGUACACAGGUUUCUACUUUGUCUUUAAUUUGCUUUAUUUAGGCAAGCAAGCUAUACUUCAACCAAGAUGAGAUUGUUCUCAGCUCGCUUCUUGUACAAAUUACUCUCUAUUGUUCGGUCAGUGUUCUCAACUUGGGUUCAUCUGAUUGGAUUUAAGCGGCUUCUUUGUAUUUUCAUGUUUUACUGUCUACUCUUAGCGAGGGUGUGAUCAAAAGCUUUUAUAUCAGGAAUACAUCUCUAAACGCAGCCUAAAGUAAGGUUUUUGCCAGGUGAAUUGAUGUAUGUACAAGUAUUUUUUUUUUCA